AUGGACAAUUUCACCUCCAGCACCUCCACUCUCCUGAACACCUCUGAGUGCCACCCUGUGGACAGCACCAGUCGGAGGAGAACCUUCAUCUUCUUCUACCUGUUCAUCAUCUUAGCCUCCAUCCCUCUCAACUGUUUCUUCCUGUAUGUCUCUUGGCAGCAUAUACGCCAAAAGAACGAACUCGGCAUCUACCUCUUCAACCUCGCCCUCAGUGACCUCACCUUCACCUUUGGGUUGAGUAUGUGGUUGGAAUUCCUUUGGCGCGGCAUUUGGGGUUAUGGAGGCUUAGCUUGCGUCCUUUCUAUCUACUGCCUUUUCACUAACUUCUACAUGAGUGACGCCCUCCUCUGCUGCAUCGCUUUUGACCGGUAUCUUGCCGUUGUCCAUCCGUUCAAGUACAAAUUUGUUCGUAAUAUAAACACUGCUAUCUGCGUUAGCUUCACCAUGUGGGUAUUGGUCCUGAUCUUCAAUGCCAGAACUAUAUCCACAGAAGACAGCAAUCAAGAUGAAGCCUCCUUGUGUUUCGACAUACUGCAACCUUUGACACUUAACAUGGCGCGGGCUAACAUUCUCCGAUUCGUGCUAGGUUUCGUGGUUCCAUUGCUGGUGGUGUUCUUCUCGACUUGGGGUAUCUUCAGGGCAGUUCGGACCAACCAGGCCACCCAGGAGCAGGAGUCCAAGCGCGUUGCGAAGUUGCUCCUCACAGUUUUGCUGUGUCUCGUGAUCAGCUUCGGACCAAUACACAUGGUGAUGCUAGUUCGUACUUUGGUGAAGGACUGUAUGACCAUCCAGUCGCUGCUGUAUCCACAUAAAAUUGCCAUAGCGUUCUCAUGUCUGAAUUGUCUAGCUGACCCACUGCUCUAUUGCUUCAUCACUAGGACGGGAAAGGCUCAGCUCCAUCGAGUGGUGCUCUACUUCCGAAACAGGAGAAGAACAGCAGAAGUGGGAGAGACUAUGAGCGUUCAUGUGCAGACCAACCCAGGAGGUUUGGGAUAA